UCACCGUCAUACUUUUUCUUCUUGGAUAUUUUUGUGUAGUAAAUUCAUUUAUUGAACCUCAAAUUGUUAAAAACUAUUUUAAAUGCAAGGGUGUCAGUUAUAUUAUCAUCUUGACAUGUUUAAAUAAAUACGAUCAAAUGAAAGUGUUUAAAAUGCUAAAUGGAAGUACUGGAAAAAUGAUUGCAGUAUCGAAUCUUAAUUACAUUAAUAUAUUUGAUGCUUUGUAUACGAAACACCGAAGAACUGGGAUUGUUGCUGAUGCCGAUUGCACCAACAUUGAUAAUUUACUCGUCAAAUGCGGAAGGUACAAAUUAUUCGAUCCUAAAUACCGGUGGUUGAUACUCGCCUCGUCUAAAAACUAUCGCGACAUAUUCGAGGGAGUGGAUAUAAAUGUUGACGUGGAUAUCACUGUGGUAUAUCCAGCAAGGAAUUCAAAUUCGACAACGAAAUACAUUUUCAUGGAUAUCUACAAUCCCGCAUCUGAAGGAGGCGGUUCUUUAAAGACGACGCAUUUGGGAUUCGAUAACGAUUCACUUGAUCGGCGUUUACUGGAACUGGAAACUAAUAAAAACUGGAUUAGAAGGGAUCUCACUGGAGUUACGUUUAACGCCAUGGUGGUCCUUCAUGAUCCGUUUGUGGGGAACUACGAAGAUUAUAUAAUAAGCGAUGACCACAGAGAGAUAAACACUUACGACAGGUUUCACUAUCGCUUGAUGUACCAGUGCAAGGAUCACCAUAAUUUCAGCUUCAACACGAGCUGGGGAAAAUUAUACGGUUAUAAAACCUCCAACGGCACGAUGGACGGACUGGUGGGAGAAAUGGAGCAACGACGGGUGGACAUGGGAUUGUCUCCACUGUUUAUACAAGAAGAUAGGGCCAAAGUGAUUAGCUACGGCAGAAGAACCUGGUUUUUAAGGUCUGCCUUCGUAUUCAGAAACCCGAAAUCUUUAAACUCGUUGGAAAUAUUUGUCCGACCCUUUUCGGCGGCUCUGUGGUUCGCAGUUUUCUUAUUGGCGAUCGUUUCGGCCUUCGUCUUGAGAUUUAGUCUACGUUGCGAGACCAACCACAGAGUCGAUACCCCUCUCGAGUCUACUUGGAGUUACGUCAUCUUGUCUGUAAUCGGUUCGUUUUGCCAACAAGGUGUAAACGCAGUUCCCGCCUUCUUCUGUGGCAAGAUUGGAAUCAUAUCACUUCUGCUAGUCACGACGAUGGUCUAUCAAUUUUACUCGGCUAGUUUGGUUUCCUCGUUAAUCAACGUACCGCUGGUACUGAUCAAUAGCCUUGACAAUCUCCUGAGGUCCAAUUUGAAGAUUGGCAUAGAGAACAUUGCAUUUAACAUACAAUAUUUUAAGCGGACCACUGAUCCGUCGGCUCUCCGUUUGUACAAUAAGUGGGUCUUGGACAAGGAAGACGAAGCCUAUCUAAAUGCUUCAGAUGGACUCCAAUUGAUGAAAAAAGGUCAAUACGCUUUCCACGUUGAACUUGUUAAAGCGUACGCAUAUAUGAAAGCCAACCUAAGAGAUGACGAAAUAUGCGAGGUGACCCAACUACCCAUGUUUUCGGCGAUCAGCACCUACGCCAAUUUUGUAAAGCACUCACCGUUUCAGAAUCUUAUCAACGUGUGUCUACAGAGGAUUGCUGAGAGUGGAGUAAUGCGCAAAGAACUGGAAUUCUGGCACGAUAAGAAGCCAGAAUGUGUUUACGCUUCAAACAUCAACACCGGCAUAGAAGAAUUCUAUCCAGCUAUAUCGGUUGUGGGGGUCGGACUAGUGUUCGGUCUCAAUUUGUUGAUGUUAGAAAUAUUGUAUAAUCUCUGGACGCAAAAUAGAUUACUACAAUUUAUUAAUUAG